AUGCUCAGAAACAUAGUGUUUAAGCCAAAACAGUUAAGUUAUUGUUCACUUUACAAAAAAAUAUUUUAUCGAGCAAUCUCAACAGAGAUACCAUUUAAUCAAUUAUCACAAAGUCAACAGGAUCAAAUCAAUGAACCUCCCGUAAUUGAAAAUGUCGAUGUUUGCAUUGUAGGGGGGGGACCUUCUGGAUUAGCAACAGCAAUAAAAUUAAAACAGUUGGAUUUGGAUGACAAAUUAAGAGUUAUCUUGUUAGAGAAAGGUUCUACAAUUGGCUCUCAUAAUUUAUCUGGUGUAAUUCUUGAACCUGAUGUUUGGUUUGAACUGUUCCCUGAUUCUAACUAUACUUUGAAUGAUAAAAGACUACCUCUACCAUCAAAUUUAGUAACUCCAAUUAAAGAAGAAGAAUUUUGUUUUUUAACCAAAAGCUGGAGAUUUCCAAUGCCUAAACCAUCUGAUUUAGUGAAUAAAAAUAGAAAUUUUAUUGGUUCAUUAAGUGAAAUUACCUCAUAUCUUGGUGAAGUAGCCGAAAAUAUGGGGAUUGAAAUAUACCCCUCUGUUAGUGUCUCCGAUGUUGUUUAUGACUCGGAUAACAACUCAAUAAAAGGUGUUAAAACAAGAGAUCUGGGAAUUUCUAAAAAUGGUUCUCCAAAGGAUACUUUUGAGAAAGGAAUGGAAUUUCAUGCCAGACAAACAGUAUUAGCUGAAGGCUGUCAUGGCUCUUUAACCAAAAAAAUGAUUAAAAAAUUCGAUUUAAGAAAGGAUUCAAUGAUGCAGACAUAUGGGUUAGGAAUUAAAGAACUUUGGGAGGUAAAACCUGAAAAUUUUAGGCCAGGCUUUGUUACACAUACCAUGGGGUUCCCAUUAUCUAAUGAUCUUUAUGGAGGUGGUUUCCAAUACCAUCUGCGUGAUAACUUGGUUGCCGUCGGGUUGGUGAUGGGAUUGGAUUAUAAAAACCCAUAUGUCUCUCCCUAUCAAGAAUUUCAGAAAAUGAAACACCAUCCUUAUUACGCCAAUGUUUUGAAAGAUGGGAAAUGUUUAGAAUAUGGUGCAAGAGCAUUAAAUGAAGGUGGUUAUCAAGCAAUCCCUAAAUUAAACUUCCCAGGUGGUAUUUUAGUAGGGGCAACAGCAGGAUUUAUGAAUGUCCCAAAAAUUAAAGGGAGUCACAAUGCUGUUAAAUCAGGAAUCUUGGCUGCCGAGGAGAUUUUUAAAAAUAUAUCUAAGUUACCUCAAAUCGAGGAUACUGAAAAUGAUAUCAAAUUGGUUGAUAAACCUAUCGACUUACAGUCAUAUAACACAGCCGUGAAAAAUUCAUCGAUAUCUAAAGAACUUUACAAGGUAAGAAACAUUAGACCAUCAUUCAAUUCACCUGUAGGUAACAUAUUAGGAAUGUGUUAUUCUGGUCUUGACUCUUUAAUCUUAAAGGGACAUGCUCCUUGGACUUUCCCAUUACAUGAAUCUGAUUCCUCUGUAACAUCUUUAGCAAAAAAUUAUAAACCUAUUAAUUAUCCAAAGCCAGAUAAUAAAAUUUCCUUCGAUAUCAUGAUGUCAGUAUCAAGGUCAGGGACUUACCAUGAUCACGAUGAAAGAUGUCACUUGAGAGUUCCAGACCAGGAUUUAGACAAAUUUGCUAAUAACUCAUACCCACAAUGGAAGGGUAUUGAGCAAAGAUUUUGUCCAGCUGGUGUUUACGAAUUUGUUGAAGAUGAAAAUAGUACAGGAAAAGUCAAGUUUAGUAUCAAUUCUCAAAAUUGUGUUCAUUGUAAAACAUGCGAUAUUAAAUCACCAAAUCAACAAAUCGAUUGGUCUGUACCAGAGGGAGGAGAUGGUCCAAAAUAUUCACGUUUAUAA